GUCACCCGCCCACUUGUUAUUCCAUAUGCAAGUGGAUUAUUUCUAAGGCUCUUAGUACUUUUAGUUGAAUACGUACCUGGACUAGCGAGUUAUUUUUUCUGGAAUACAGGAAUAGGUUCCUUAAGAAAUAGAUUGUUCAAAGAGGGCGUAACUAAUAUGCCAUUGCCUUUACCAAAAGAAAUGUUUGACAUCCAAGAACCAACGAAAGUCGAUGGAUUAGAAAUUUUUUUUCAUGAAAAUAAAGAAUAUAAUCCAACUCAAAAAUUUUUAUGCGCGCGUGACUAUACUGAAGCAUACACGGCCAAAAGGAUUACACCUUUACAAGUAUGCGAAAACUUAAUCAACAACAUAAAUAGAUCAUGCUCUAAAGAGUGUGACCCACCUCUUUACGGUAUGUACCAAUACCACCAACAUGAUAUUAUUGCGCAGGCUGAAGCUUCGACUUCCAGAUAUAAUCAAAAUCGAUCCUUGGGGCCCCUUGAUGGUGUUCCCGUGGCGGUUAAAGAUGAGAUUGAUGUUAUAGGUUAUGAGACACGUUUAGGGACUUCAUUCAUUAAUCGAGGAAAUCCUGCAUCAAAAGAUGAAUUUUUGGUAAAAAAAUUAAAAGAUCAAGGUGCUAUCAUAAUCGGAAAAACGAAUAUGCAUGAAAUUGGAUUUGGUGUCACAACUAAUAAUCCGAAUGCAUAUACAUCUCGUAAUCCCUAUAAUCCCGAUUAUUAUUGUGGAGGAUCAAGUGGUGGCAGCGCAUGUGUUGUUUCCAGUGGUUUAUGCCCAAUCGCAAUAGGUUGUGAUGGUGGUGGUUCUAUAAGAAUACCAUCCGCUUUUUGUGGAAUCUAUGGAUUAAAACCUACAUACGGAAGAAUUUCUUUCAAAGGACCAUUUUGCAGUUCCUUAGGUGUUCCAGGUCCUAUGGCUGCUUGCGUUGAUGAUUUAGCAUUGGCUUAUAUUGUCAUGGCUGGAAAAGAUCCUGAGAGCCCAACAACUUUGCAUCAACCGUCACCCACACUCCAUGGUCUUUACCAUACUAACACAUUGUCAGAUCUUAAAAUUGGUAUAUUCACAGCGUGGAACAAACAAGUGGUCGAUCCUGCUAUUACUUCUGCACUUCAAACAUUCAUUAAUGAAUUCAAACUUCGUGGUGCUAAAUUUAUUGAAAUUGAUAUUCCAGAAUUAGAAGAUUCUCGAAUAGCACAUAUAACCACUUUUGCUUCCGAAUUAGGUUCCACUAUGAAUGGAUACAAAAAAUAUUUGCAUUUAUUAAGUCUUCCUAAUAGAUUUAACAUCGAAAUAUGCAAUAAGGUGAACGCUUCGGAUUACAUUCAAGCGCAAAAUAUUCGUACACGCAUGAUGCACAAUAUUUCCGAAGUGUUUUCUAAAGCCAAUCUUAUUUUAACACCUACGUGUGCCAUAACUGCACCUCCAAUCUAUCCAAGAGAUUUAAAAUAUGGUGAAAUGAAUCCUGUAGUAGUAUCUAAUGGAGUAAUGUUUACAUAUUUGGCCAAUUUUGUUGGCAUUCCUGCAAUUACAGUGCCUGCAGGUUAUAAUAAUAAGAAUCUUCCUAUUGGAUUGCAAUUUAUGGCAAAAUGGUAUGAAGAAGCAACAUUAUUAAGAGUUGCGAAAGUCUCUGAAGAAAUAUUAGGAAGUAGAAGACAAAAACCAUCAGAAAAAUAUUGGUUUGGUGAUUUAUUGUGA